CUUAUAUUCUACCCAGGUGUUUUGUUCGGUGCUCCUCACAAUUGCCUUCAUGAGAUCUGUUCGUCUCUUUUAUGUAUCCCCUGCGCUUUAGGGUUGAGCCGCCCUUGAGGUGUAUCGGAAACAGCCUCUUUGCCUACCUAAGGGUAACCAGUUGGACUGCAACUGCUUGAAGGAUUGAGUUACAUUGAGAAAAUGAAAAGGGGGCAUGUUAAGUGGGAUGAGGCAAAUUUGGGAGAAAUUGAGGCAAAUAAACCGGUGAGGCAGAAAAUUACUGAACCAAAGACACCAUAUCACCGCAUGAUCGAUGAUGAUGGAUCUUUAUCUCCUCUACGGGGUAGUUUUGAGGAAGGCAAUGGUGAUGCAGUACAUGCAGAAGCCAUACGCAGUGCAUUGAAUGAGAUGGCUUCUUCCAGUAAGAAUAAAUCCCGACGGUCUGGCUGGACGUCAUCUGAGGAUGAAGCCGAUGUCAUGGACCAAGAUGAUGCAGAUUCUGGUUCUAGGAAGGGAAAAAACUUCAAGGACCACAGGCGAGCACACUAUGAUGAGUAUCGGAGAGUCAAAGAACUCCGUAAAAAGGGCGAACAAGCAUCAGACGAUGAGGAUGAGGAUGAGGAUCUUGUGGGAAAGGAUGGAAGGUCUGAUUCAUCAUCAUCAUUGAGUACUGCUGUUAAGGACAUAGAGAUUAAGGAAGGUAGCAUGGACACUUCUAAAUAGUACUCUUCCCCAGGCCUUGGAGCUCAGAUCAAACCAGAUGAACAUUGUUGAUUUUAUUUUAUUUUCAUACUCCCUUUGUUUAUAUCCGUCCAACUUCUGCUUGUAACUUGUGUAUUAAAGAUUUAUCAACCUUAAGGAUGAUAAAUAAUAUUCACCGGAUAUAGUAGCAGUAGGUUUUUCCUGAGAA